UUUACCACUAAAAAAUCACUCAAUAUCACAUUGAUUAUUUUCAAGGAGUGGUAGUGAUUUAUAAGGCCAACUUAACCAUAUUAAUUAAAUUGGUUUAGGUUGGGCCUAAAUAAUGGUAUUUUGGGCUUCAUACCAUGUCAAGCGUUGACACCCUUCAACAUCAACCACCCAAGUGGGCACCCCAUCAUACUUAGCCAAAUUUUCGAUCUACCAUUCGCCUACCUACCUUGCGGGUAGACCCACAGCACAAGGGGGGUCAUGCAUGACAUCGUCUAAGGGAGUCUCGUACAAGGGGGGUCAAGCAUGACAUCAUCCCAGGGGGGUCAAGAAUGAUGUCAUGCAAAGGGGUCAUCGCGCUAGACCGUGAUGGGAAAGAAGGCAAAAAUUUGGCUAAGUGUUGUGACCCAUAGCACAAGAGGGGUCAGACGUGACAUCAUCCCAGGGGGGUCAUGCAUGACACCGUCCAAGGGGGUCAAGCAUGAUGCUGAGGUAAAAAUUGGCUAAGUAUGGAGAUCCAACCGUCCAAGGGGGGUCAUGCAUGACUUCGUCCAGGGGGUCUCGUCCAAGGGGGUCUCGUCAAGGCAGUCAAGCAUGACACCAUGUAAGGAGGGUCAAGCAUGAUACCAUCCAAUGGGGUCUAGCCGCCUACCAGGUAUCAAAGCAAGUGGCAAGGGGAGAAGGGCUACGCAAGUCACUAGACCGUGAUGGGAAAGAAGGUGAAAAUUGGCUAAGUAUUGAGACCCAUAACGCAAGGGGGGUCAAGCAUCACAUCAUCCCAGAGGGUCCUUGCACUAGGGUGUCAAGCAUAAUAACCAGACAUGGCCAUAGCAAGAGGGUACCAAGCCGACAAGGUAGGGCUUGGUACCAAGACAUGAAAAGCAUGAAUUUGGCUAAGUAUGAAGCCAACGGGGUCGGCAAGAUAGGCUUGGCAGCCAAGCAAGGCGAUAGGGUAUCGUGGCUAGCCGAGGGGGCCACCCGACUAGGUACCAAAUAGCCAUGUAUGGCCCAUAUGGGGCCAUAUGGAGACAAAGUCCCAAGGCGGGCUUGGUAGCACCCUAACGGGGUACCAAGCCACCAGGGUUGGCUUGGUAUCAAGCAGCCGAGGUUGCGAUCAAGACUUCAUCAUGGAAGCUAAGGCAAAUAACCUCAACCCCAUCCAGCUAUGACAGGGCGACAAGGCUCAACACCAACCCGACCCAGCAUCGAGGCCAUCAAGCACCCACCAACCCCAAGACAGGACAAGGGCCUCCAAGGCGAUGGAUACCAACCAGUCAACAAGACGGGGGCCUCCAAGGCGAUGGAUACCAACCAGUCAACAAGACGGGUCAAGGAGCUCAAAGGCAAUGGAGGUGAAGACCAAGACAACGGUUACCAAUUGGCAACCAAGGCAACGAAAAGGGGUCCCUAAGGCGGUUGGAACUACAAGACGGCUAGCAGUCACCAAGGCGGUUACCAAGGCAGUUACUCCUAGUGGCUAUAAAUAGGAGAAGCGAAGACGGGAAAAGGGGUCCACAACCAAACAUUUGACAACACAUGUCAAAAUUUAUCUUUUCUCUGCAACGUAGCUUGUUCCCAAAAUUUAUCCUUUUGGAGCUCUCACUGAACCUCCAUAGGAGUAGAGUAACGUAGCUUGUUCCCAAAAAACCAUCAAAAACAUCAAACGCCCUCGUUCGAACAUUGUUCGGAGAGGAGUGAACCGUGUUGAUUGUCGUUGUUCAAGAAGUCAAAGGUGCAUUCAUUGUGUUCAAACACAAGUUUUUCCUCGCCGGAAAACAGUUCUUAACUCUUCAACUAUAGUGUAUUUUUUUUACAUCAUGAGCUUAUUAUAAACUUUUCAGAAACUCGAUAGACGCAUCAUAAUUCUUAAAAAGGGACUUUAAGAUGCUUUUAAGAGCUUCUAAUGAUCAGGUUUAUGGAGUAGGUUGGCAGCCAUUAGGCUAAUCGGACCAUUUUUUUCAUGUGAAAAUAAACUAUACUAAUCAUGUGGUUGGAGUUCGAAAUUAAUAUUCUUCCCACAGAUGAUGAUGACGACAGAGGUGGUUCUAGUUCUGGAGCAUGUUGUUAGUGGUAAUGAAUAGACUAUAUCGAUGGUGGUGACGACGAUGAUUAUAUUCGAAUGUAAAUUUCGACGCUAAUGUCUUGUUGCAGUCUUAAAUUAGCUAUCGACAACCAUUGGGGUAAUUUGAUGACGAUCAUUUAGUUAUUGACGAUUGUUUAUGUCGUUAUGGUUCAUGCUGGUAUAUAAUUUCAACCCGUCUUUCCAUGUUGUUUUUUUAUGGGUUGGCCUUUAGUUUAAAAAAUAUUUUUAGAUUUGCUCAUGUGUACACAACUACAAAUACUGUCAUUUUUUAUGGGUCGUCGCCGUUCGCUCUCUCACUCCUCCGGCAGCUCUUCUUCAUCCACUGACUAUUGUUUCCGAUGUCGGAGCAGUGGGAACGAACGCGAAAACAAUGCUGACCCUGCUUCCAUAUUUUACAAAGUCAAAAAGAGAGAAUCGCACCCAAGAAUUAAGAACAGAGACCCGA